AAAGACAUUGUGUCUGAGAUUUUUUUUUUUUUUACUAAAUUCCUUCUUAUAUACAAUAGCUUUUAAUUAUUUAUCUCUACAUGCUAUAUUUAUUUUUGUGUUUGACUUUGUGUUUUUGAUGGUUUUCGUAACUGAGGGGAAGACACAAGCUGUAGCCAAUAAGAUCAGAACAACUGCAAAGUAGAGAAGAUAGAAAAAAUACCAACACGGAUCAGUGCUGCUUGUAUACUCAAUCCUACCAGGACAUCAGGGACAACCUACCACCAGGAAAGAGAAGAGUAAUGGAGAAAUUCUUCAAACCUGUUCACAGCCCUUCUGCACCAGAUGAGAUGAAGCCCCGAAGGAACCAGAACCACCAUCAUCAACACCAAGGCACUCAGUCCCACAGAUACACAAAGUUUGAUGACAGUGAUAGAAAUACAGAUGAAAGCCAAGGUCACCAUCGCCACCAUCGCAAAAAUCAUUAUUUCCCUGACAGCACACACCACGAUGCCCUCUACCCUCACCAGUUUCACCACAGUGAAGAGGACGAGAUACUUUACAACCACCACACUCCUGUGACUCUCUCCAGGGCCUCCUCCUCUUCCCUCUCCUCCUGCUCCUCUUCCUCUUCCUACUCCUCCUGGUACACAGAGCCAAGCACGAAUGAUCAGUUCUCUCUUUGCCGUGCCGAGCAGCCACCACAUUCCCUGUCCUGCUCCAAUAUCGCAGAUGUGCGCAGAGGUUUCAGGGACGACGACGGCAAUGAGCCCAUUGUCUUUGCCACCGUCAAGCAUCACAAAAAUGGCAGCGUUUGUAGCGAGUUGAAUGCGAGUCCACAUCAAAGGAGAAAGAAUUUUUCUUCUCUUGAUCGUGGUCACAGUCGGAGUGAUGAAGCUCUUUUACAGUGUACUGAUAGUGACAUUGGAGGAGAACAUUCCAGGGCAUCGCGCAUUAACUACGGGCCUUUAUAUAAGACGGCGAGUUUGAACCGAAGCCUGGCUUUCAGUGAGGAGGAUAUUCUGUUAGGGGUCCCCAAAGGUCCUAAGAGGGCAGUGUCAUCUGUUCAGCUACCUGGUAAAGGGAUCCUCAAGAACAAGGAGCAUCCCGCUGACAUUCGCAAGGCUAAGUCAAUGGAGGUGCUGUCCCCAAGAGUCUCCAAAGGACAAAAUCAGAGUGGGCAGAAGACCAAAGGGAUCAUUCAACCUGAGAUAGAGCAGGCCAGGGCAAAUUUUGUGCAGGGAAAGUUGCAAUUCUCAGCCUUUCUGGAUGAGAUUACGAAACAGGUCAUAAGUCCAUCAGCUCUCAACGUCUUGGGUGUGAACAACAGUAAGACUACUGAGAAAACAGGUAUCCCAGCCCCAACAUCUCCCCCAGUCAAACCUCAGCUCCCACCCAAGAAGCACAGAGAAGGCCCGAGGGGUGAGAUGGAGCAGCAGCCAAAACAGGCCCGGAAACAGGAGAAAGGAGCACACAGUGGCAAUCGAAAACACUCGGACAGCUCCAAUCCUGACAAAUUGAUCUCAUACACAUCCAGGAGCCACCACGGUAGCCCACCGCCUCGCCACUACACCGACUCUCCCAGCCACAACACCCACCAUGGAAGCGGCCGUAAAGACAGAAGGCCCUCGCCCACCGGAGGCUCCGUGUCAGGAGACAGAUAUGGCAGAGGUGGCCCUCACCUCAUGGAUGGAGCCUGCACCAGCCCUGAGCCCGUGCAGCCCAAACAACGCCACCACCGCAAACAGCAGCCCGCCACCUUCCACAGUCAACAUCCCCAUACCCAGCACUCUCCUCAGGAAGUGCACCCGUGCUUCGGUUCAAACCAGGGACCAAACAACUCCCCGAUAUCCUCAGCCCUGGGCGCAGGACCAGGGCCCGGAUCCGAGUCCUCAUCCACCAAAUCUGACUCAUCGAGGGCUAGAGACACAGCCUCCACGACUACCAGUCCUAGCUCAGAGAAGAGUGCUCGACACCAGUCGCAGCAUGCGGGGCACCCUAAAAAACACGGGGAGAUGCCGUGUGAUGCUGACCACCUUCAGGCACUGCAGGAGGAGAAUGCUGAUCUUCACCAGAAUUUGCUGCAGACGGUGGUUUGCAUCGAGAGCCUUGAGGCAGAGCUGCACAGGACCAGGGACGAGCUCAUUCUUGUUAAAGAGAAAUAUAAAAGUCUUUUGCAGACACAUACUGACACCAAGCAGGCCAAUAAUCUGCUCGGGGAGCAUCUGCACAUAGCGUCAGAGAGCCUGUGCAGUGAAAGAAAGUAUCUGCAAAACCGUGUGUCUCAGCUGAGCUCGGAGCUGGAGGACGCCCACAGGACCAUAGCAGCCAUGGAGAACAUCAAUGUGCCAUGUUUGAUAAAGCAGCUUUUGGAGAAGCACUUUGACUCAGCUGAGGCCGUACGGAAAUUUCUCACAUCCUCUGCUCCAGUCGGCCACCCUGCCACCUGUCCACAGACAGCUGACCGCUCCCACCCUCCUAAAGCAGAGGAUUGGUUGACUAAAUCGGAGGCAGGUCCGCAGAGGGUGACCGCCUUCACGCCAUUUAUGCCAACAGCAGGAAAUGAGAGCAGUCUCUCUGGCCAGCAGGAGCUGAUCCGCAGCCCACUUUUCUCUGUGGCUGACAUCAGCACUGCUAUCUAUAAGAAAAUGGCUGCCAGUUAUGCUGGCUACCCUCAAAGCCAGCAGCAGCAGCAGCAGCAGCAGCAGCAGCAGCCCUCCAUGAGCAGUAACCACGCUGACACGCCGCCAGACCCCCAGCAGCCCCGCGUGGGCGGUGAUGGCAGGGGUGGGAAGACAGUGUUAAAGGUAUCGGUUCUGGAGCAGAAUGACGAGGACGUGAACGCUAUGUCAGCCCAGCAGAUCCUCGAUGAUUUCCUGCAGCAGCUGCAUACCCAUAAGGAGGCGGGUGGAGGGAAGGAGCAGCAGAGUAGGCAGGAGUGGGCGAGUGGAGUGGAGCAAGCAGACAAAGCGGCAGACUGAAAAGACCAUCUAAGGACAUGUCAGGAUGAAUGUGUGUUCUCAUAUUACUGCACUGAAACAUGUAUUUGUUCACCUGUCAGACCUAAACAUUUUUUUUCCAAAAAUACCGUGCUGGUAGGUUAUGUACUUAUUUAUAAUAUUGAAAAAUGAAAAAUCUAGAUAAACAGUACAUAAUGUCUGACAAAAAAACGAAAAAAACAUCAACUGUACCAAUAAAAUGAUCAAUGGAGAGAAAGUUGGCAAAAAGAAAAGAAAUGAUAGUGUUAUUAUCAUAAAGGUUUAGAAAUGUCUCUCCAUUUGUCUCCAUGUAUCAUUUCCUACUUGUUAGAUAAUAGAAAUAGAAAACAAUCCCUGUGACAUAAGUUUCUCCAUAAUUAACAGCGAGCAUGUUGAUAUUAUAAAAUGUUAGCCGUGACAGGGAACAUACACAGUCACUAAUAAUAGGGGAGGGUCUCAAAACAUGACUACUGUGUUUAACAGUGCCCAAUGUAGCCAGAUAAAAAGUAGCACAUCCAACUGUGCACAACGCAAAAUAACUUUUAACACGUUAAAAACACAAAAUCAUAAGUUUAGGUAUAGGAAAAGCUCUCAGCUGAUAUGAAAUACCUAACUAACUAACUCAGAAAAAAACUUUUUAAAGCAGCAGCCUUUAAGGACUUUUAAUUGAACACUUAAGGUUGAAAAAAAUAUAUGUAUAUUAAAAUUCAGUAAAUGACAGCGAAACUGGCCGACCUUUACCUUUCAGUCGACAGAAGCUUGCUUAACCACCACUGUCAAAUGUACUGAAAAAUAUUUUACUUAUACUUUAUUUAAUGACAAGUCAACCAAGAACAUUAACCUCUUGGUUUUCUUUGAAGAAAUAGCUACCGUUGUCUAGAGAUAAUGCUAUUAAAUGUUUCCAACAUUAUUAUUUACUGAUUUAUGUGAAAGGUAAUUUUUCUGCAUAUGAUGUGGUUUUGUAAAUACGUAGUGGUUCUCUGUGUGUGUGUAUAUAUAUUCAUACAUAUAUAUCUAUAUAGAUAUAUAUGAAACAUAAAAUGUGCUGGCCCUGCCUCUGAAAUAAUACAGUGUUUAAUAUUGAUGUUUUAAGAUGUUGCAGUUGAUAAAAUGUACAGUUAAGUUACGGUGGUGUACUUCUGUUCACGUAUUGAGGAUCUAGAUUAGACAAAGCACAGCUGUAACAUAAAGUAUUAAUGUUGUUUUAA